CAGGUGGCCUUGGGACUGCGGUGUCUCUGCUACCCACACAAUACAGGACAGGACAAACACACACACAUACACAGAGGUAUACACAUUUGCAUACAUAAAUCAUAAAUCUAAGAAACAGACACUGAAGUUGAAACACACACACACACACACACACACACACACACACACACACACACACACAUACACACACACCCCUCCUCCAUAAGCCACUGUUGGUUCUCCCCACCCCCUGGUAUUGUGCCAUAAACUUUGUAGCAUUUACUGAAGCGGGACUGGAGACAGACGGUCAGCAUCACUCAGAGCCGUUCCUCAGCUGCGCCCUGGAGAGCUAGCCCUCGUCCUCAAGUUCCAAGGCAGCUGCCACAUCACCACCAAAAUAACAUCACCUCAUUUGGAAUUCACUGGCCGUUUCUACAGUGGCCUCCCAUCACCACUAGUCGGAGCCCUUGAGCCAGCCACGGCCACCAGCACUGCACGCCAGAGCGACAGAGAGAGAGAAUGGAGAGAGUGCAGCACAUGACGCGCUCUGCAAUCCGCAGGGCGUCCAACAUCGAGAUCAACCCACAGACCAAGCGCAACCUCCAGGAGCUGUUUGUCAACUUCUCCCUCAUCCUUAUCUGCCUACUGCUCAUAUACAUUAUCGUGCUGCUCAUGUGACGCCGCGUUGUCAUGGUGACACGUGCGCUUCCAGGUCAAAUGAAAACAUCAAGGCAGGGCAUCGUUUGGAACGGAGGCAAAACGUGCAGCGAGUGUCUGUGUGUGUGUGAGAGCUUGGUGGGAACGGAGGAGAGAGGGGGGUGGAGUGUCUGACCUAGCAACAGAGAAUUUGAAGUUGAGAUUUUUUUUUUUCAUCAGGGAUAGAGAACACUGAUAAUUCACCAUGAAAUUUGCUUCACUGAGAGAUAGUUAAUGAAAAAAUGCACAGUGUCUGAAAUAAAUGACGUGGGGUGUUUCUGUAUUUCUGUAAAGUGAGCACAUUCCAUCACAUCACAGUAUAAAUUAUAACGAGAGGGAGGAAUUAUUUUCCAUACCAAACAAAAAAGACAUCAUACAACCAUCAGCUGCAGGCACUUUGUCUGUGACCAUCUUAACUCCUGAGCUUCUCCAGCUUGGAAAGAUUGUUCUGUACUUUUUUACAACCUCAAAGGUGGAAUAAACGAUACUUGUGGUAUGUGCAUCCGGUUUUAAAGUCAAAACAUCAAA